AGACAUUCCAGUUUUGCAACAAUAAUCUACCGUUUGCCGUUUUUAAGCUCCGCACUAAUACUCCCCUAUUCGUUAGACUGGCAAUCUAUCUCAAUCGAACAUCUUAUCGAGUGCCUUCAAUGACUAACGUGAUUUGGCUACGGCAGCUGGUACAACCGAGUGAAUCACGUUCAUCAACCCCGCUAAUUUGCAUCAUAAAAGAAUUCUUGUUCUGCGCGUCGAUUGAGACGACCGCAGCGCCUCAUGAAGUAGCAGUGGCAGAACAUCGAGACAGAAGCAGCAGCAAAUGUCCGUUCCUUCGUCAAACAACCGGACGAGCUAUUGCUUCUGCUUUCAGGUUGAUUGUCGGGCUGGCAGGCACAAGCGGCUAUGUUUUGACGUAUCGCUUUGACGGUGGAUGUAGAGUCAGCCAGUGGUCUAGUGGGGUUCAGUAGGCAUCCUAUGUUCGAAACCGCCUUGAAGCAGCUCGAUGGAGGGAAGCUACUUCUAGUAUUCGUGCAAUUCUGGACGAUGAUCAAAAUAAAUGGUGAAUCCAACGAAGAAUAAAAUGCUUCUUCGACGAUGUUCGCAUUAAAUGAUCCGCAGAAAGAUGUGUGUGCAUUGUUAGAUGGAGAUUUUUGAUGUUUAUUUGUGAACUUUUUGUCGCUUCAAUGUGUAACCGAUGAGUGAACCGCACUUGUUGAAAAAAGAAUGUUACCUUUGUUGGAACUAUGGAGUGUGUUAUUAUUCGUCGAUGACAUGUUAAUACUGAAAUGAUUAGUGAAUUAAACAGGUGUGCGUAUACAAAUGUUCGUGUGACAGAUCAGACUUGACCAGUUUGAUGCGGUCAGUCCUGAUCAGAGAAAGAUUGUGUUGCAAGCCAAUAACAAGACAACCUCUAUCCAGACAAAACAAUGCCCUAUUCAGUGGGUGAGGGAAGGGUAUUGAGUAAUUAUCAGCUCAGACGACUGAAGCAGCCCUUUGGCAUCCGUCCAGGCGACGGUAAAAGUUUUUAACUGCUGUCAUCUACACGAACAAAAAUAUGAGGGAGGCGCCCCGCUGAUGUUUACAAAGGAGGAUAUCUUCAACGAGUUAAUGGCGUCAAAUGGGCGUAUGCUCAAUUCACAGCUCGUUCUACGAUUUGCCCGCUACCUGAAAAAUCCGGCUACCAAAGAGGAGGCAAAGGCCAAAUUCAAGGAUUAUGUGAAUAAACUAGCGACAUUGGUGACCGAUCCACAAAAUGGAGAUAAGUUCGUUGUGUUACGACCUGAGUUGAGAGAGCAAGGAAGGAGACAGCCAAUGGCAGCGAUGAUUGGAGGAGAUCAGGUACUGCAGCUCAAUCAGGGCCAUUUUAUUCCAUUACCACAGUUAUCAGGACAUCGAAUGAGAGGAGCAUAUCAUAAUAUCCGUUCUGCAGCGGGACCACAAUCUGCAAUGCCUCAACAGCCUCCCCGGGUGCCCCCUCAUACUCAGGCUCAAAACCUACAACAGCAACAUCCAUCACAUAGUAAAGGAAGCGGACACCAAGGGCCUGCGGGACCACCACCUGGGCGUCCAGCACGUGCGCCACCAGCAUAUCAGCAAGCUGUUUCAUCGUCAAAGCUUACACGAACACCAGGUACAAUCGGUGCAGGACCACCGUUACCAGUACAGCCUCACCCAAACAACCAAAAUAUUCCUCCACACCACCCACUUCGAGGCCGGCCGUCUUCAUUGAAGCUGGUACAUUCAGACCAUGGUUCCCUUGGACACAUCGACACGCUGGGGUCUUCCUUCGGUGUCGAUGGACCAACACCUCCAAAACCGGUUCUCACACCGCCCGGAUCAUCAUGCGGUUUAUCAUCCGGUCAUAUGGGACAACAUCAGCGGAGGAGUUCAGCUGGUAUGAUCAACACACAGCUCCUACAGCAAUCGGGCAUGCUUAUUCCCAAAGGUUCUGUGACAGGCGGGCCACCUCCACCGCCUCCACUUCGGAAUCUUUCGAAAAGUGUUCCGAGCUUAAUCGGAAAUGGGGCUCAUGUGGGUGACACUGACUUAGAUUGCCCGCCUGCUGUGCCUUCCAGAAGCCGGCGUCAUUCGACCAAAGGAACCGUUGUUGAGGAGAAAGUCAAGCAGUUUGCUGAAAAAGAGUUCAUCAAGGAUGAGAUUCGUCCUACUCUAGUGGAGAAAACGUCAGUCGCCGUAAGUCCAGGAACGGUGAAAGAGAAAGUUCAGAUGCUCAAGAUGACCUCCGAAGGAAAUUUAACUGCUCCAGCACCCCAACCUCAUCAAAUGCUACUCCGGUCGGCUCAAAUGCAAAAAGAUGCUGGAAGUGGCGCAAGUGGGUCAAGGAGAGCUCUGAGCUCACGAAACUCGAAUCACGAUGCCGACGACAAAUGCUCGGUAUCCACCCUGGAUCCUCUACGGCGCGAGUUCUGCCGAAAGGCAAUGACAUGUGACUACCAAGCGAUGCAGAAAAUGCUCCAGGAAGAUUCUUCACUUGCAAGAGCCAUUGACUACGUACUUGGUUAUAAUGCACUUCACUGGGCAGCUAAGUAUGGCAAUUGUGAUAUUGUUAAACUCAUUGCAGGGACCUACAACGUUGAUCCUAACAUCCGAACACGCGGGGCUGGGCAAACACCACUGCACAUAGCCUACAUGUUCAACCAAAAGGCGAUCAUCGAUCUACUGAUUAUGACAUACGGCGCUCAAAAAGAUAUUCGCGACUUCAGUGGUCGGCGACCGGAUUUCUAUGGCAAUCAGAAAAACGUCGAAACUCUUCGAUCGAAAAUUUACCACACUGAGAAGGACAAGGGCAAGGAGGAUCGGGCUAAGGAGAUUUCAAGUAAGCGUCACCACAGGUGGCCGAUAUGGCCUAACAAGGACGAUCAUAAUGCAGUAGCACAAAACCAGAUGACGAAGAAUCGCUUGUUGACCCGUCAAAUAUAUGACACCGGUGCAAUUACUGGCAGGGUCAAAUCACACCGUAAUUUAUUCGACCGGCUCCGGAAUGCACAAGAUGAUAUUUGUGGAGGAGACAAGUGGGGGCAAUUUGGCUCAAGAUGGCGAAAAUGGCAAGAGCUACGUAGCAUCUCGUUAAUCGAAAGCAACAAACUAGAAAAUUUCAAGAAUAAACAUCACAGACAACAACGAAAGCAGCCGAAUCAGCAGAUGUACAAGCGAGACCAGCAACGAGCAAUAGAACUUGACGAUUCGAUUAGAACAGAUCAAAGUUCUCUUUCUUCCUUUGUGGAAACGAGCAGUAUUGAACAGCAUGAAGACGCCGAAGUCACAAGUUACUUUUCGGAAAUGGUGGAGCGCUCCAGUAGUUCCCCCGAGUUUUUCACUAGUAACAGUAACAUCUCCAUUUGAAGCUCCAAAGUGUUUCUAUUGUUAUUAGUUUACAAUAUUUAUAAAUACCCUCGGACUUCGGACAUAAAGUACGUAGGUAAAUAGAUGAUGACAACCAACUUCAUAACUACAUACGUAAAAAUAUCGUUGCUGCAUUAGAGAUUUUAGUAGUGGCCUCUUUUUUUAAAUACGUUUCUCGUGCCUACCGUUACGUGAACCAGACUGCACUAUAUUAUGCUCAGUAGCUGUCAGCAAACGACAAAUUCUUAAUAUUGAUAAUGAACAUAGUUAGUGCAAUCUAACUGAAGACAAAUGCUUAGCAAUACUCGGGCAUUAUUUUCUUUCGGCUAUCUUCAACUGCACGUGCAUGCUUUCGAUAGUAUGAAUGAAUCCAGCAAUAGAGCACAAAUCGUGGACAGAAGUUCAUUGUCCUUACGUUUGCAGCACCAAAUUAGGACUCGGUUACGUAGUCCUUAUUCAGUUUGUAAACAUAAGAAGCCAACUCAGCGCAUAACUCCUUUACCUUUACUGAUUUUAUCCUUUGUUACAAAAAGUUAGAAGUUUUAAUGGGACUUAAAACUUUAUUGUGAGAUGUACCACGCCUGAUGGAAUCGGCCAAGAGCAUCUGAGGGUCUAUACUCUUACCUAUCCCCUAAAUGCAUAUAGUGUAUUAUACAAUUAGAUCGACACAACUCUUGUUAGAUAACUAAUGUCUGCCACAUGCCAGUUUUUAUAUAUAACGUAAGAGAUCCGUCCAUCGCUAUCACGUAUUGUGCGUCCACGUGGCAUGCGCACGUCAUUCGUGCGGCUGCACCCAUAAUUUGCGUGUUAUAACGGCGUAACCUUUUAGCUGUGCGGUCUCCUGGCCGGCCAUCGCUUCUGCGCAUGCGCUUUGUCGCUAAAACUUUUUAGCGGCUUCGCCGCCAUCGCAUUUAUGUCCAUCACUGUACAACGAACAUCGCCUCGACCCGUCUGGCGUCGAGCAUUUAGUGUUCAGAUCUGGCGAUUUCUUGCAGUAUAUGGCCGUUUGCUCCCCUUACGGUAUUUGUUUGGCCUUCGCAUUUCGUCAAGCUCUUUUUCUUAGACAAUAGACCUUCCCAGCCAAACAGCUCUUCCGUCCUUUAUUUCAGCUAAAGUCCAACACCGUUACCAAUACUAGAGGUUACAACAGAAGAGGCUUGUCUAUGUUAAAAAUCUGACCAACGGUUUCCGCGCUACUAACCUUGUCCUCCAUACUCUACAAUUGAGCAUAAAUUGGUUGGAUGAGCACCUGACCAGAAACCGAGGCCAAGCGGUUUGGUUGUUUCUACAGGUUUAGUCGGACGUGGUCAAUGACAGUUAAACUAGUGAUCAUCAUAAGGGGUAUACUAUUAGGGCAACCACUCAAACAGCUUGUGAUUUGUCUAGAUAAUUUCUGUGUAUUCGUAAAGAAUUCUAUCUGCAAGAUCCUAUCAGUCAAGUAGAUUUUUUCCAGCUUCUUACUGAGAAACUAGCAGUGCUACUGUUGUACAAGAAUAUGGGGCUUCUUAAACUUAAAUAGUAGGUCGAAUGUAGAGAAUACAAGCUGCUUUUGUGUUUACGGCUAGAAGACUGAACGUUCAUAUAUUGUUGAAGCUCUGGAUAUCACCUCACUAGACCGACUCUCUUGAGUCUGUCUAACAGUCGAUCUGUUCAGACAUUUUUAAGCCGAUUCCAUAUGCUCCACAAGCUAUAAGCCCUGAGCGGUGGGUGUAGGCUAGCAAGGAGAAAUAUUUUGCCCAGUUUUCGUGGGGUUAGUCUUUUUUUGACUGUUAACUAAU